AACCCAUCGAUACAAAGAAGGAAAUUUACAGAAGCCGCAGCGGGACUAGUCGCGGACGACCAUUGUUCCUUGCGCGUUCUGCAGCCUACCACACUCGACUCUCUCUCGCGCCGCGCUAUACGAUCGAACGCAAGCCACAAGCGUCAGCGCUCGUGACAACCUCAGUCACACAUUCUCCACGAUGGAUUCAGGUAACUCAGAGGCGAUCCGCUUAGCUCAGGCGUCGGACUGGAAGGGCCUUCAGCGGCUACUGGAACGAGACCCUGCUAUUGCCAAGCAGCGUGGAGACCAUGGCAUGCUGCCGAUCCAUUGGGCCUGCACAGUGAGCCGUGUGCCGCUAUCGCUCAUGGCCAAGCUGAUUCAAGCGUAUCCAGACGGUGUUCGAGCCAAGAACGCUGGCGAGUUACUACCAUUGCAUAUCGCCAUCCGAGCCGGUGUACAGGCGUCUUGCUUGCGUAAACUACUCCGCGCGUAUCCUGAAGCGGUGAACGAGCGGACCCCCGAAGGCGUAUCGGCUCUAAAGAUGGCGGAAGACUUUGAACUGGAUGCAAACAGCUUGAAGCUGUUGCGUCGAGCACACGAACGUAUUACGCUGCAGCAGCAACAAGAUGAUAGUCCAAGCGAACGGAGUAGCGCUGAGAUUGAUAUGAAACAAGCGCUCGGCGUCCAGGAAGAAGGAGAAGCUUCCGGUGUUGAAAAACCCGAAGAUGAAGACAGGGAGACUGAGGAAUGGACUGAAGCUGUCGUACCAGAUCCUUUCGUGGGCAAUGUCGGCUUUAACGGAUUUCUUCAUGUCGGUGACGAUCGAGAACUGGAAACAACUGAGACGGCAGUCUUGAAGCCGGACACAAGUGUCAGUAUGAGUGAGCAGUCGUUGAGCGACAGUCUUGACACGCCUCAUGAUCAUCUCGUGUCGCCUUCCUCGGAAAGCUCCUCCAGUCUAGAGGAACCGGCCAGCUCUCGAUCUUCAUUUGGUGCUCCAUUUCGCACUAGCAGUCGUCAAGGCCUUGCAGGCUAUCAGAGUCAAACACACACUCCCGUUCGCCCUCCGACUCGGAUGCAUCGCACUGCGUCACUGCUUGCUCAAUUGCAGAAUAAUGGCAUCCUCACUGAACGCGAGUUGCGUACGAUGGUGUCUGCAAUGAGUGCCAACGCCGCUGUGGCCAACAACGAGGAUGAAAUGGCGAGGCGAAGCCACAGUCGCCACAUGUCGCUGCCAAUGAUGCCCAGCCAUGAAAACCUUCGACAAAAUUCAAGCUUCCAAUUCUACGAUGAAGCAGACGAUGAGAACGAGGAGAAUGAGAUUGAGAUUGCGUCUUCAAGAGACAGUGCCAGCACUGUAGGAGGAGCAUUUGGUGCUCAAUUCAACCCGCGAGGUCGGCUUUUCCGGUCGGUACACGAGCCUGUUCGACGCUCAGUCACUCCUAGUGGAUCUCAAAGAGGUUCACCGCCACUGUUCAGGAGAACCCACCGUCGUGCUUCUCAUGGAUCGCACGGUCGAGGACACUUUGACCCUCCUCCUGAGUGGAAACAUGACGGCGAAUGCUCCAUCUGUCGAGCAAGCUUCGGCAUGUUCAAGCACCGUCACCACUGUCGUAAUUGUGGCAAGUCGAUCUGCAGUCAACAUAGUGCAGACAAGAAAAUAUCCAUGGAGGCGAAGGGCUUUACAACUCCGCAACGCGUGUGUGUCACGUGCUACGCUAUGAUCACUCACAGUCGGUCGAUGAAACACGAUUUGGAGCUCGACGAAACGGGUCAGGACGGCUCAGUACUACACCCCGCCACCUUCCAGCAACAACACUUCGCCCCCAAUGCUAGCGCUGGCAACUCUGCUGUUGCCGCGUUCUCGUCUUCUGGAGCCCCGGGGAUUAGUCGCAGUGCGUUUGGAAGCUCGCGGAGUCCUACUAGCACUGGUGGGAGUCCCACCCCAUCACCGACAACGGGACGCAAGGGUAGCUCUCGAAAGUCAAGCGUUCUUGCUGCCGGUGAGGCAACUGGAGGCGGUGGCGAGCGUGCCACUACUGGACUGAGUGGAGCAACGUCUCCUGUCCUCGAGCUGCGGUGUUUGCUGGCUUCGCAGCAGAAGCAGAUCGAGCAACUCGCUCAGAGCAACAUGCAAAUGCAGCAGCAGUUGCUUGAACAAGAAGAACUCAAGGCCGAGACGAUGCUGUUGAUCACGCAACUAAUGACGCGUGUGUCCGUGCUGGAGCUGCAAAAGGAGCGCAGUUUCCAUAACAGCAAACGACGCAGCGCUGAAACGGGGGAAAGCGAGGAGGACGAUGAAGAAUUCCCUCAAGACGAUACCCUUCCGUUCGAGCGAUAGGAAAUACUUUUUAUGACGCCCACACCAGCCAGCGAAGGAAGCUGGCUGGUAUCUAUUCGCAUCACUAUUCACCUGUUUAACAUCUCUUUAAGCCUGUGUGUCGGGAGAAACCACACAGCACUUUAGUAUCUCGUACAACCAAAGCAAUAGCGUUUUAUUUAGAGCCCAAAGUGUUGAGAGUUAUUCGUUCCAUUGAGUGAUAUUCG